AUGUGCAGUAUCCGCUAUUACGUAAUUUUGAAGAAAUCCCUGUGGUGUUCAUCUUCUCCAAAGGUCUUCUCUAAACCACCCAUCAUCAUGUCGCGCUCUGCUGAAAUCAUCGACCUUACGACCGACUCUCCCUCUCAAGACAAAUAUGACUCCGACGUUGAACUCGUCAUUACCCCGACAGCUCCUUCGAAUCAAGAAUCCCGCAAGAUUCGGCGAAAACGAUGCCGGAAAUCUUGUACCUCUGCAGACCCGCAGGAUGCUGCUUCGAAAUCGCGCAUCAACUCCCCAGAUAGGGCUACUGAUCCAGACCGACGCACGAAACGGAAACGAAAUGAAAGGGGGCAGGAUUCCGACCACGAACAGCAACAAAACGUCAAAACAGCAGCUUCUGACCGAGGAGGGAAUACCGCCCAGUCUCAAGACUUAUUCUUUAUCGAUUUGAACCGCUCCCACUUGCCCUCGAAUCCCCCCGAAACACUCGCCUUCGAUCAACCUCUCGAACUUGAUGAACAGCCCAGUGGAAAGCUGCUUCUGCCUUCGCACGUUGUUAUCCUCGGCGACACACCAGUUGACAUUAUCACUCAAGCCCUACCGGACUCGGACGAAGAUGACUUCAUCAAAUAUCUUGAAUACGACGAUAGACAAACGACAAUUCGAUACUACAAUGACCCUCCGAGCGAGGCUAAAACUCUUGAUCGAACAGUUUGCAAAAAUUGUGGAGCAGAGGGAGAACACAAGACGUCGGCAUGCCCGGUUCAAAUUUGCUUAACUUGCGGUGCUCGUGACGAACAUUCGACACGAUCUUGCUCGAUCAGCAAGGUUUGUUUUACUUGCGGAAUGAAGGGACACAUCAAUGCGAACUGCCCCAAUCGACGAUCAGCACGGGCGCUUAUGUCAACUAGGGAAAGUGAAUGUGAUCGAUGUUCAGAAUCAAGCCACAAGACAAAUGAAUGUCCGACCUGGUGGCGACUUUACGAGUAUUUUAGUGUUGAGGAACAAGCCCACAUUUUGACCCAUCGUCAAGCCAAAAAGGAUAUGAAACUCGGCCAAGGGGGAGAAGGGUAUGUGGCAGAUGAUGAAUGGUGCUAUAAUUGCGGAGAUUGUGGACACUGGGGAGAUGAUUGCGAAGAAAACACGGUCAAUCAGACUAUGAGGGAACACUCGGCAUUUAGCUUGUAUAACAUCAUGGGCGGCCCGUUCUAUGAUCCUGACAAGAAACCGAUGGCUUCGACCUCGCGGUCUCAUGUUCGGGAUUGGGAUCAAGUGGACAACAUGUCGGGUUGGGGCAAAGGUGCUCCUGAACGUGUCGGAAGGGAUGGCCGGAUGAAGUCUCGGGCGGCAUUGGAGAGGCAAGCGCGACAGGUCGAAGAUGAUCAAGAAGAUUGGUUCGGAAAGCGAUCUCAACGGCCGUCUCGUUCAAAAUCCCAACCUUCUGGAGCGCCCAAGAAGAUAACUUUUGGAAAAUCCCUCAAUCAAGGUCGUCAAUAUCCAUCGCACGAUAACGGUCCUCCCAGUCUUCUGGCGCGUCUGGGGGAAAUCCACCCAGGAGAGUCGCGUUCAAGUCACAGCGAUAGGCGUGACCGCAGCCGGCGAAACGACUCGUCAAAGAGCCAUCGCGAAUACCACCGUCGUGAGGAUAGGCCCUCAAGUCACUACGGGGAUCGGGAUCGACAUCGACAAAAUGACACAGGACCACGGUACCGUGGUGGAUAUUCACGAUGA